UUCGUCGCCAGUGCUCGACGUGUCAAGGUCGUGCUCAGCGGUCACCGCGCGCGGGUCAUUGCGACCCCGCGCAGCGCUUUUACCCAAGGUCAUCAUAGCGUGUGUCCCCUUUCCAUGUGUUGUGAGUCCUACGUGAGGGGUUUUCUGGAUGUACUGAUACUUGUGCAGCAGAAACUUGAUAAUAAAGUGUACGUACCUGAAGGCUCAAGAGCUUCAUCGUUGAUUGUGGUUACGCCUUCGUGCUCACAGGAACACAUACAGAAUCUGACUUUAUUCUGGGACACAAAGGAAGAGGACGACGAGGAAGUGGUCCGUCUGCUGAAGACGCUUCCUGGCUGGGACUGGUCGGCACCCGUCUAUUUUCGAGUUCAUCCUGUCGCUAUCUACACGAAGAUACAGGAAUUGAAGAAAAAUGGAAGGCUUGGGAACGAGCAGAUGUGGAGUCACAAAGUGUUUGACGGAUCCCUUUACAGUCUUGAUACCUCGAAACUUCAGCAGAUCAAAAUUCCAGAGGAUUUUUACAUCGACACCCUCCGUGCUGAUGACGGACCAACUGUCGCAUCUAACUGGGAAUAUAACUGGACAGAAACCCAAAAGGGCCUGGAGUCCAUCAUAUCCAACCAACCCUCUGUGGCCAUCCGAAAGAGAGUCCUGGAGGAAAAUGGGGUGUCAGGUCCUCCCGUUAGAAGUCGUCUCGUCGCCUGGAGUUUGCUAUACAGACACGGGUUCCUGGGUAACACCUUCACCAUCCCCGAGUACCGCCGUCGAGGACUAGGCACAGCGGUGACCCUUGCCAUGGCAGAAACGCUCCGGCAGCUAGAUAUAACAGUGCGAAUUAUGGCCAGUCACACCAAUGCUGCCUCAGUCAGUUACCACAAAUCACUUGGUUUUGAAAAGCAAUGUGAUAUAAUAUCUUUCAUAAUGUUACCAAAUGGCAAAACACUACAGGACUUCAUUAAAUAAGACCUGGGUUUACAGGCAAGUGCUUCCCUCUUGCUUGUGUCAGUAUGUUCACUGGUUAAUAAAACGGAACGCAAAAU